AUGUGUUCUUCACAGGGUGUAUUGACAUUCCUGGAUGUGGCUAUAGUGUUCUCUAAGGAGGAGUGGGAAUAUCUGGAUUCUGCCCAGAGAGCUUUGUACAGAGAUGUCAUGUUGGAGAAUUACAACAACCUGGUUUCUGUGGCAUUGUCUUGUGAACAUACUGAGAAUCUACUACAAAAGGUGUAUAUACAAAAUUAUUCUCAAAAGCAAAUAACACAAAGAUUUGGACUUAAUGGUCUUUUUGACUUAUAUAGAAAGACGUUUUGGGAAUAUAGAAGUGGCAGUGAGGAGCAUGAAAUAUGUGAUUAUGAAAAUGAUCUGCUGGAAAAACACCUCUGUUUUAAUUCUGCAAAGAAUAAAGGACUUCUAGCUAUUCCUGAGAGAACUCAGUCUGGGUCACUCCCAUUUUUCCUAUCAGAAUUUUUACAAGUUUUGAAAUGCAACUCUGUUUUACAGAAGAAUAUAAAAACCUUAAAGAGUGACAUUUGGGUGAAUAAACCCACUUCCCUGAAGCAUUUAUCAAGUAGUAUGGGAUUUAACAGUACUCCAAUACUUUAUGAACAAAGGAGAUUUUGGAGAAGAGAAAAAAGUACUGAAUAUCAUCAAUGUGAAAGAUAUUUCUCUAAAAAUUCAUUACAGCUCCCUCAACAAUUAAAUCUACUCUGUGACAAGUUCUACCAUUUAGGUAAACAUAAGAAAAUGUCCAUGUAUGCAGUGAAACUUGGAACAUGUCAUGUGGGAGGUAGUUGUGGAAACUCCAACAGAAUAAAUGAUAGUAACCAAGGCUACAUUAAAAACCAUUUUCUGAAGUAUUACCAAAACAAUCAACAUGGAGAGAUUUUAUGCCAAGGUAAUAUCAUACUAUAUGAUUCUCAUCAUGAAACAGUUCGAAGUAAAAAUGAGAUAAGUAAAUGUAUUUCAGAAAAUCAUUAUAACCAUGAUAGUAGACAGGCUAUGUCUAAUCACUGGUCUGAGUCAUCUUUGCAACAGCAGGAUCAUACCACAGAGAACCUUCAUAAAAAUGACUGGCAGGAUGACACUUUAAAUGAUUCCUUAAUUCCUCAGGUUUAUAACGGAAUGUGGACUGAAGGAGUUGUCAACAAAUACACAUAUGAUACAUACAGGAAUGCUUUAAUUGAACUGUUAUACUUAGAGAAGGAUAACAUAAAACACGUUAAAAAUGAACUUUCCCAGGUUCCAGGAUGUAAUAAGGUCUUGAAUUUCAAUUCCAAUAUCAUUCAACAUGAUUCAAACGAUAGUGGAGAGGGAAUUCAGAAAGUCAAAGUACAUAUGUAUGUUUUUUUCAAUAUAUCAAAUCUCUUGAGACAUUCAAAUUUGUCAUUUGAAGAAAAACAUUCAAAAUAUAAAACACCAGAGAAAUGUUCCAGUAAACCCUCAGGCCUUACAGUAUUUCAAGCUAGAGGAAAACCAUUGAAAUGUGUGCAAUGUGGCAAGUCCUUUGCUCAGUACUCAACUUUUCAAAACCUUCACAGGAUCUGUACUGUAAAGAAACUUUAUAGCUGUAAGGAAUGUUUGAAAUCAUUUACUUGGUUCUCAAAUCUUCAAGCUCGCCACAGAAUACACAUUGCACAGGAACUUUAUAAAUCUAAUAAGUGUGGGAAAUCAUUUACCCAGUCAUCAGAUCUUCAAGUUUAUCAGAGAAUCCACCACAUAGGAAAAAAGCCUUACAAAUAUAAUGAAUGUGGUAAAUAUUUUACCUGUUCCUCAAGUGUUAAAGGUCACCAUAGAAUCCAUACAAGAGACAAAACUUACAAAUGUAAUAUCUGUGGGAAAAGUUUUAUACAGUCCUCAANUCUUAAAAGGCACUACAGAAUCCACACAGGAGACAAACCUUACAAAUGUAAUGAAUGUGGUAAAUAUUUUGCCAGUUCCUCAAAUCUUAGAGUACACCACAGAAUCCACACAGGUGACAAAACUUACAAAUGUAAUAACUGUGGGAAAACUUACAAAUGUAAUAACUGUGGGAAAAGUUUUAUACGGUCCUCAGAUCUUAAAAGGCACUACAGAAUCCACACAGGAGGCAAGCCUUGCAAAUGUAAUGAAUGUGGUAAAUAUUUUGCCUGUUCUUCAAGUCUUAAAGAUCACCACAGAAUCCAUACAAAAGACAAAACAGACAAAUGUAAUAACUGUGGGGAAAGUUUUAUACAGUCCUCAGAUCUUAAAACACACUACAGAAUCCACACAGGAGACAAACCUUACAAGUGUAAUGAAUGUGGUAAAUAUUUUACCCAUUUGUGUUCCUCAAGUCUUAAAGAUCACCACAGACUUCAUACUGUAGACAAACCUGCUAAAAGUAAUUAGUGUGGGAAAUCAUUUGCAUGGUCCUCAAAACUCCAAGCUCUCCACAGAAUACACACUGAACAUGGACCUUAUAAAUCUAAUAAUUGUGGGAAAUCAUUUACCCAGUCAUCCAAUCUUAAAAAUCACUACAGAAUCCACACAGGAGACAAACUUUACAAAUAUAAGAUAUGUGGCAUGUCUUUUACCCGAUCCUAAUCUCUUCAAGUUCAUCCAAGAAUCCAUACUGGAAAACAACCUUAUAUGUGUAAUGAAUGUCAAAAAUCUUUUUUCUGCUCCUCAAAUCUUCAUUCUCACCAGAGACUCCAUAGAGGAGACAAACUUAACAAAUGUAGUGAGUAUGGAAGAUUGCCAAAGUCCUCAACUUUCCAACCUCAUCACAGAAUCCAUCCUGGUGGCAAACCUUAUAAGUGUAAUGAAUGUGCAAAAUAUAUUUCCCAUCCCUCAAAUCUUCAAGGUGACCACAGAAUCCAUACUGCAAACAAACAUUGCCAGUGUAAAGAAUGUUGA